AUGGUCCGUGACCCUACACAUCAACCCGGUCUGCCGGCAGACUUUCUCUGGGGCUUUGCUACCGCAGCAUAUCAAAUCGAGGGGGGCGCCAACGACGAUGGCCGCGGCCCUUCCAUAUGGGACAGCUUCUGCAAAAUCCCCGGUAAGAUCGCCGAUGGCAGCUCGGGUGAUGUGGCCUGUGAUUCGUACCACCGUCACACCGAGGACAUCGAACUCCUCAAGAAGACCGGUGCCAUGGCGUACCGCUUCUCCAUCUCGUGGUCGCGCGUGAUCCCACUCGGCGGCCGCAAUGACCCCAUCAACCAAGCCGGCAUCGACUACUACGUCAAGCUGGUCGACGACCUCUACGCCGCCGGCAUCACGCCCCUCGUGACCCUCUUCCACUGGGACCUCCCCGAUGAGCUGUACAAGCGGUACGACGGGUUCCUCAACAAGGACGAGUUCGUCGCCGACUUUGAACGCUACGCACGCGUUGUUUUUGAGGCUCUGCCCAAUGUCAAGCACUGGAUCACCUUCAACGAGCCGUACUGCAGCGCCGUGCUGGGCCACAACUGGGGCAUAUUCGCCCCUGGCCACACCUCGGACCGCAAACGCUUCCAUCGCGGUGACUCGUCGCGCGAGCCAUGGAUCGUGGGGCACAAUAUCCUCAUCGCUCAUGCCCACGCCGUCAAGCUGUACCGCGACGAGUUCAAGCCCAAGAACGGUGGCGAGAUUGCCAUCACGCUGAAUGGCGACUGGGCCGAAGCCUGGGACCCAGAAGACCCCGAAGACGUCCAAGCCGCGCAACGCCGCCUCGAGUUCUGGAUGGGCUGGUACGCCGACCCCGUCUACUUCGGGCGGUACCCAACGUCGAUGCGCGAGCAACUCGGCGACCGCCUCCCCAACUUUACCCCGGAAGAAUCCGCGCUCCUCAAAGGCUCCAACGACUUCUAUGGCAUGAACCACUACUGCGCCAACUACAUCAAGCACAAGCCGGCCUCGGAACCCUUUGACCCUUUCGACCACCAGGGCCACUUGGAAUCCCUGCAGGAGAACAAGGCCGGGGAAGCCGUGGGUCCCAAGACGCAGAGUUUCUGGCUGCAGCCCAGCGCGCCCGGGUUCAGGAAGUUGUUGAAUUGGAUUAGUGAGAGGUAUGGGAGGCCGAAGAUCUUGGUGACGGAGAAUGGGACCAGUAUUUUGGGCGAGAAUGAUAAGUCCAAGGAGGAGAUUCUGCAGGAUGACUUCCGCGUGUGGUAUUUCGAGACCUAUGUCGAGGCCAUGGCGCAGGCGGUGGCCAUUGAUGGCGUCGAUGUACGUGGAUAUAUGGGGUGGAGUCUGAUGGACAAUUUUGAGUGGGCUGAAGGCUACGAAACCAGAUUCGGAGUCACAUAUGUGGACUACAAGAACAACCAACAAAGGUUUCCCAAGCGAAGUGCUCUGGAGCUGAAGAACAUAUUUGCAAAGUACAUUGGCAAGCUACCGGCGGUCAACGGCGAGAUCAAUGGCGUGGUCGAUGCAGAACAGGCCUGA